AUGGCGAGAGCGGGGUCCCCGGGCUGCGGGACGAAGCGGGGUGGCCUGGCUGGAAGGCUGCUGCAGCGGCAGGUGGUUGGCGUGGGGUCCGGAUUGCUGAGGUCGGGGGCAGCGCUGGAUGCCGGGCUUGAGAACAGGGACAAGGGCUGUGUCUCCGGAUGCGGGAUGGCCCAUGGUGUCUGGUGCGUGCAGGGAUUCUGCAGGGUCCACGUGACCGAUUCCGCCGUGUUCCCCGUGCCUGUGUGUGCACAUGCCCAGAAACCAUCUAACUGCUGGGGAGGCCGCGUCCUUGAAGAUGAUUGAUUUCCCCUCACCGUGUUUCAUUUUUCUCUCCUAGCUUAUGUUCCCGAGGAAGAACUAAAGGCAGCAGAGAUAGAUGAAGAAGCCGUGGAGGAGGAUGGGCUGUCCCUGGACGUCCAGGACGGCGAGUACGUGUGCAACGAGGAGGCGGACAUCAAAGAAGCCCAGAGCUACCAGAACUCCCCGGUCAGCACCGCGACGAAUCAGGACGCGGGCUACGGGUCCCCUUUCAGUGAGAACAGCGACCAGCUGGUCCAUUUCAAGAGCUCUUCCUCCAGAGAGGGCAAAGAGGAUCCGCAGGGCCCGGACGGCGUCUCCUACCCCCAGGACAGCUUGGCGCAGAUCAAGGCUGUGUAUGCCAACCUGUUCUCUGAGUCCUGCUGGUCCAGCCUCGCCUUGGACUUGAAGAAGUCCGGUUCGACCACCAGCAGCAACGAUGUGGGCCCGAAGGAGAGCUCCACCCCCGCGCCCACGCCCCCCACCAGCACGGCGGGGCCCACGGGCACCACCGCGAGCACCCCCAGCUCGGGCUCGGGCUCGGGCUCGGGUUCGGGCCCGGGCACCGGAGGCAGCGGCGGCUCGGGCUACGACUGGCACCAGGCCGCGCUGGCCAAGACGCUGCAGCAGACGUCCUCCUACGGGCUGCUCCCCGAGCCCAGCCUCUUCAGCACCGUGCAGCUCUACAGGCAGAACAACAAGCUCUACGGGUCCGUGUUCACGGGCGCCAGCAAGUUCCGCUGCCGGGACUGCAGCGCCGCCUACGACACGCUGGUGGAGCUGACGGUGCACAUGAACGAGACGGGGCACUACCGCGACGACAACCGGGACAAGGACUCCGAGAAGACCAAGCGGUGGUCCAAGCCCAGGAAGCGCUCGCUGAUGGAGAUGGAAGGCAAGGAGGACGCGCAGAAGGUGCUCAAGUGCAUGUACUGCGGCCACUCCUUCGAGUCGCUGCAGGACCUGAGCGUCCACAUGAUCAAGACCAAGCAUUACCAGAAAGUGCCUCUGAAGGAGCCAGUACCAGCCAUCGCCAAACUGGUCCCUUCCACCAAGAAGCGCGCCCUGCAGGACCUGGCGUCGCCGUGCUCUCCCGAGCCGGCGGGGCCGGCCGCCGACGCGGCGCUGGGCGAGGCGGCCAAGGACCAGAAGGCCGCCAACCCCUACGUGACGCCCAACAACCGCUACGGCUACCAGAACGGCGCCAGCUACACCUGGCAGUUCGAGGCCCGCAAGGCGCAGAUCCUCAAGUGCAUGGAGUGCGGCAGCUCCCACGACACCCUGCAGCAGCUCACCGCCCACAUGAUGGUCACCGGCCACUUCCUCAAGGUGACCACCUCGGCCUCCAAGAAGGGGAAGCAGCUGGCGCUGGACCCCGUGGUGGAAGAGAAGAUCCAGUCCAUCCCUUUGCCGCCCACCACGCACACCCGGCUGCCCGCCUCCCACGUCAAGAAGCAGCCCGACUCUCCCGCGGCGUCCUCGCCCGCCGAGGAGAAGAAGGAGCCCGAGCGGGAGAAGGCGCCGGCGGCCGGCGAGGCGGAGAGGAAGGUCAAGGAGGAGAGCCAGGACGCGGCCGAGAAGUUCGAGCCCACCGCCCUGUAUCGGUACCUGCGCGAGGAGGACCUGGACGACAGCCCCAAGGGCGGGGUGGACAUCCUCAAGUCCCUGGAGAACACGGUGUCCACGGCCAUCAGCAAAGCCCAGAACGGCGCACCCUCGUGGGGCGGCUACCCCAGCAUCCACGCGGCCUACCAGCUGCCCGGCACCGUGAAGCCGCUGCCGGCCGUGCAGAGCGUGCAGAUGCAGCCGUCCUACGCGGGGGGCGUGAAGUCGCUGUCGUCGGAGCACAGCGCGCUCCUGCACUCCCCGGGGAGCCUCACGCCCCCGCCGCACAAGAGCAACGUGUCGGCCAUGGAGGAGCUGGUGGAGAAGGUCACCGGCAAGGUCAGCGUGAAGAAGGAGGAGAGGCCCGCCGACCGGGAGAAGGGCUCCCCGGCCAAGGCCGUGUCCCCCGUGGCCAAAGAGAACAAGGACUUCCCUCGAGCGGAGGAGAGCGGCGGCAAAGUCCAGCAGAAGAAGGGCCCCGAGGCGGAGGCGGGGAAGGCCAAAAAGGAGGGCGUGCCGGACGCGCACACCCCAAACGGCACCGAGCCGCUCAGGGCCAAAGUCACCAACGGCUGUAAUAACCUGGGGAUCAUCACGGACCACUCGCCCGAGCCCUCCUUCAUCAACCCGCUGAGCGCGCUGCAGUCCAUCAUGAACACGCACCUGGGCAAGGUGUCCAAGCCCGCGAGCCCCUCGCUGGACCCGCUGGCCAUGCUGUACAAGAUCAGCAACAGCAUGCUGGACAAGCCGGUCUACCCCGCCACCCCCGCCAAGCAGGCCGACGCCAUCGACCGCUACUACUACGAGAACAGCGACCAGCCCAUCGACCUGACCAAGUCCAAGAGCAAGCCCCUGGUCUCCGGCGCGGCCGACGCCGUGGCGUCGCCUCUCCGGGAGAGCGCCCUCAUGGACAUCUCGGACAUGGUGAAAAACCUCACGGGCCGGCUCACCCCCAAGUCCUCCACCCCCUCCACCGUGUCGGAGAAGUCGGACGCCGACGGCAGCAGCUUCGAGGAAGCGCUGGACGAGCUGUCGCCCGUGCACAAGAGGAAGGGGCGGCAGUCCAACUGGAACCCCCAGCACCUGCUCAUCCUGCAGGCUCAGUUUGCCUCGAGCCUGCGGGAGACGCCGGAAGGGAAGUACAUCAUGGCGGACCUGGGCCCCCAGGAGCGGGUGCACAUCUCCAAGUUCACCGGGCUGUCCAUGACCACCAUCAGCCACUGGCUGGCCAACGUGAAGUACCAGCUGAGGAGGACAGGGGGUACCAAGUUCCUGAAGAACCUGGACACCGGACAUCCUGUUUUCUUUUGCAACGAUUGUGCCUCUCAGUUCAGAACUGCGUCUACGUACAUAAAUCACCUAGAAACACACUUAGGCUUCAGCUUGAAGGAUCUCUCCAAGCUGCCACUAAAUCAGAUUCAAGAACAGCAGAACGUUUCAAAAGUCCUGGCCAACAAGGCUUUGGGCCCGGUAGGGGCCGCCGAGGACGAUCUGGGCUCCACAUUCCAAUGCAAGCUUUGCAACCGGACUUUUGCGAGCAAGCACGCAGUCAAACUGCACCUUAGUAAGACCCACGGCAAGUCCCCGGAGGACCACCUGAUCUAUGUGACAGAGUUGGAAAAACAGUAGCGUCCAGGUAUGCAAGGGACGGAGGCACAUUGCACUAAAUGUCGUCUUUGUACUGCACUAGGCCCGGCUGAGCCUCCGAAAUCAGCCUUCCCUUUGUUGCCGAGCCGGCUGUCUGGACCUUGGUUUUUCUUACACAUAUUUUGUAGUUAUAUUUAUAUGCUCUUUGUCCGAUUGUGCAUGUUAUUUUUCUUUUUCCGUGAGUCAAAGUCUGACCUUUAUUUUCAACAUCUGUUCUUGAUGUUAAGCUAUCUUUUGUAGGAAAUAGUGGGGCACACUACUCAGAGACAUUUAUUUAGCAGGCGAGAAAGACACAAAUAACAAUGACAAAAAGACAUCCUAAAAUUACGAAGUUGCCAUGACAAUAAAGGUCAUAGAACCUAGUAGUGUCAAGUUUAACCCUUUGAGGACUGCAAUUGCAUUUCUGUGCCUUUCACUCAAAAAAAGAAAAAAAAAAAAGAAAAGAAAGAAAAAAAAAAGGAAAGAAAAAAAAGGCUUCAAGGCAUUUCAUUCAGAUCAAAAGCUGUGUCAGACACAAAACUUAUUUAAUAAUUAAAAAAUGAGCUUUUAUAUGCAGAACUGGUUUGUGAAGGAAACAUGCAUGCAGCUGUUGGAAGAUAGAAAGGUGUCUAGGACUCAUGGGGUUAGGAAGCCACAGCUUUACACAUUUAGAACAAAACAAACCAAACCACACAAAAAAAACCCACCGCCACCACCACCCCAAACAUCCCGAGUUGCCACUCUGCCCAAACCCUCUGGAUGCUGAAAAAAAAAAAAAAUGCCACUUUUGGCAAAAAAGUAUGCAAGCUAUUAUUUAAAAAAUGUGUAAAAAUGCUAUUUCUUUUUUCCUGUAAAAUACUGCGGUUUAUAGUUAUUUACAAAUGUAAGCUUUGGUAUAAGCUGACCUUUCUAUAGCGUGCUGCAUUGGUAAAUGAAAAAAAAAAAUGGGGCAAACGGAGUCCUUUCCUUGUAAAUUGCCAGCAUCCGCUUAAAAACCCCUGUAUGUUACAUUAUCGUACCAUUUUAAUCUAUUCCACUUUCUUUGUACCUUCUGGCUGUAUGCUUUCUCUUUUAACUUUUUAUAUUGUCAUUUUAUAUUAAAUUUCUGUGUAUAUAAUGUAAAACCACAAUUUUUGAAUAAAAUUUAGUUCCUGCAGCUUGAUUUAAAUAGAGGAAUUUUACCGGCACCCGCAUCUUUCCAGAUGCAUGUAUAUCAGACAAAAAUAAAUAAAUGAAAACAAAGCGAGCAGUGCACUAUUAAUUAUACAUUUUGAUGUUCUAUCAUUAAUAUUGUACAGUACAUUUUGGUUCACACAAUUAAAUCCACUGUUUUCUCAAAUGUAAAAUAAAACCCACAUGCAGUUCUUGAUUUA